AUGGGAAGCUAUGUCACAGAUUUGGGCAUGCACAUGCUGCACCUGAUGCUCAGCGGGCCACAACACUUGAUGCUGGAAGACCAGGUUCCAUCAGGUAAAAAGGGGGACAGCGGGGACGUAUGCGUUGGCAAGACGGGGUGCGUAAACGAGGGGGCGGAAGGGGAGUUAUGCGGGGCGCGGUCCUCCAGAGUGUACUGCAUGGAUUUGCCCGCCACAGACUUCAGGGAGAAUGACAUCAGGCGCCACACGCUCGGCAGCACGUGUGCGCCCGGCGGCAUGCGAAGCGUGCACGAUCAAUUAUACAACGAUUACUGCACGCGGCGCUUCCCUGCCACGCAGAGUGUAUACUUCAGUGAGGAGCGAUGUAGCCUGCUGCCAGACGUACAGUGCAGCACUUAA